UUAUGUUUAAUGAUGAAUAUUCUUAUCAGAAGAUUCACCUCGGUUCCAACUGCACUAUCAGAUUCCAAUCUUAUCAGAAAAGUUAAACAUUUGAUCUUACAGGGACUACAUUUUGAAGCUCUUCAAGUUUAUAGAAAUCAACCCGAUCUCCAUGUCGACGCUUUCAUCUCCAUUCUUCCUUCACUCAUAAAAGCUUGUUCCCUCUCUCAGACCCACCAUGGCCUCGGUCUUCAGCUUCAUAGCCAAUCCCUUAAAAUGGGAAUUCAUUCAGAAUCCGUUGUUUCAAAUUCAACCAUCUCUUUCUAUGCUAAAUUUCCAGAUAUAAAAUCUGCACGUAAGGUGUUCGAUGAAAUGCCUCAGAAAGAUUUUAUAUCAUGGAACUCCAUGAUAAAUUGCUUUGCUCAAAAUGGGAACUGUGUGGAAUCAUUGGAGAUGCUUAAAGAAAUGUAUGAAUGCGGGUUGGUAGCAAAGCCGGAGUUGCUUGCUAGCAUUCUUUCUUUAUGUGUGCAGUGUGGGUAUACAAGGGUAGGAAAAAUGAUUCAUGCUCUUUCUAUUGUUGAUGAAAGAUUUGAGAAAAUGGUGUUUUUGUCAACAGCACUGUUGGACUUGUAUUGGAGGUCUGGGGAUUCAGUGAUGGCUUUUCAUGUUUUUGAUGCAACGGAGGAUAAAAAUGAGGUUUUCUGGACUUCCAUGAUUAUGGGAUAUGUUGGAAACUGCGAUUAUUUGUUGGCAUUUGAUUGCUUUCGGCAAAUGCAGGUUGAAGGGAUUAAGCCUAAUAGAGUGACACUUAUUACUAUUCUACCAGCAUGUGUUGCGUUAGGCACCAUUGGACUUGGGAAAGACAUUCAUGGGUAUGCUUUCCGUCAUGGGUUUAAUUCAGAUAUUCGACUGUUAUCAGCUCUAAUUCACCUGUAUUCUAAGUGGGUAGAUUCCCUUUCGCUUGCAAAACUAAUAUUUGAAUGGUCAACUCAGAAAGACAUUGUGCUUUGGAGUUCCAUUAUCUCAGGUUGCUCUCAGCAUAAGGAAAGUGCUGAAAACUCGAUAUUACUUUUUAAUCAAAUGCAGAAAGAGGGAGUUGAGCCGAACUCAGUAACCCUAUUGGCUGUACUCACUGCUUGUACUAAUAUACCAUCAAUUCGCCUCGGAAGUGAAAUACAUGGCUAUGUGCUUAAGUCAGGGUUGGAUUCUGAUUUGUCCAUAACAAACUCUCACAUUAAUAUGUACUCAAAAUGCGGUUCUCUUAAAGAUUCGCAUCAAGUUUUUCGAGAAAUGGCUACACCAGAUUGUGUUUCUUGGAGUGCACUUAUCAAUGCAUAUGGUGUCCAUGGUUACGGUGCAGAAGCUUUACAACUCUUCAAUGAUAUGAAAGAAAACGGGAUGCAGCAUGACUCGAUCACAUUGCUUGCUGUUUUAUCAGCAUGCAACCAUUCUGGGCUAGUUGAAGAAGGGCAUAAACUGUUCUCUGAAGCUGUGAAAGAUGAUAAAUUAUCGGUGAAUUUGGAGCAUUAUGCUUGUUAUAUUGAUCUUCUUGGAAGGGCAGGGAAGUUUGAUUGUGCUCGUGAAGUUUUGAGAACAAUGCCGAUGAAACCUAGCCCAAAAAUUAUGAGCUCUUUGGUUUCAUCUUGUAAGCUUCAUGGAAGGUUAGAUGUUGCAGAAACCCUGUUAAGUUGGUUUAUAGAAUCAGAACCUGGUAACACUGCUAACCAUACAUUGUUGAGUUUGAUCUACGCUGAAUUUGGUAAAUGGUUAAACGUGGAAGGCAUUCAGAGGAAUAUGAAAUCAAGGGGAUUGAAAAAGAGUUGUGGGUACAGCAGACUUGAAUACUAGUUCAAGAUUGUCAUUUAACCAAUGACCCCCUUUGCUCCUUGAAAACAAGUGACAAAAUGAACAAUAGGUGCAGUUUAUUGAAAUGGAGAGCACAUGACAUUGAGAUUCCAAUUCACUGCAGGCAGGCUGUUUUCAAAAAAUUUGUGCUACCAUUUGCACUUGGGGAAUUCCAUGCCUCCUGUCCAACUCUUGCAGAUGA